AUGUGGGUCAAGUGGAAUGAUGAUGAUGAUGAUGAUGAUGAUGAUGAUGAUGAUGAUGAUGAUGAUGAUGAUGAUGAUGAUGAUGAUGAUGAUGAUGAUGAUGAUGAUGAUGAUGAUGAUGAUGAUGAUGAUGAUGAUGAUGAUGAUGAUGAUGAUGAUGAUGAUGAUGAUGAUGAUGAUGAUGAUGAUGAUGAUGAUGAUGAUGAUGAUGAUGAUGAUGAUGAUGAUGAUGAUGAUGAUGAUGAUGAUGAUGAUGAUGAUGAUGAUGAUGAUGAUGAUGAUGAUGAUGAUGAUGAUGAUGAUGAUGAUGAUGAUGAUGAUGAUGAUGAUGAUGAUGGACAUGUCGAUUUCAGCAAUGAUGGUUUGGUGAUCAUGCAAAUGGAUGUAUUGGAAUUCGAAUGA